AUGCGACAUUUGCGCAUGAACAAAUUUAUGUGGCAUUAUCAACAGCUGCUUUUCCUAUUUCUUUUAGCAAUAACAAUAUGUUAUGCUAUUCCAAUGAGUUAUAAAUAUGAUCCAUUUGUGAUGGAUGUAAAACGAGAUUCCGGUUUAAUGCUUAGCAAUGUGAUGAUGAUGAAUGAUGAUAUUAGUAUCAGGAAUAUUACCGCUUUGGCUCGUUCUAAACCUGAUGGUAAAGAAUUGGGUCAAGGAUCAUUGUCAAGACGUCGUCGUGCACUUCAUGAUCUCGAAAGAUGGAACUAUAUGCAAAAUACGAAACGAAAUAUUCGUAGUGCUCUUUUGGAAUUGAUCUAA